AAAGGGCUUAAAUUAAACCACAAGUCUACUACUCGUCCAGUCUCAUGUCUCGCUUUCAAAUCAGAAUUUCCCCUUCCUUCCACCUCUCCACAGACAACGGAAGAACGAUAAAGAGUGAAAUGGCAGAUUCAAAGGUAGAUACCAUCUCCCGACUAGCCCAGUGGAGGAUCGAGAACUUUGGCUCUUUCUCCUACAAAAAAUCCGAUCCUUUCAAGGUCGGAAUCUGGAACUGGCACUUGUCUAUAGAGAAGAAUCGGUACUUGUACAUUCGUUUAUUUCCAGAGCCGUCUCGAGCUUCCAAAGAACAGCCUCCUAUCGCUAGAUUUGUUCUUCGUGUCUCAAAUGCUGGUGCUAAUAAUCGCAGGCCUUAUAUCUCUCCAGUUCAUGAGAGAACGCUCCGGACAAGUGAGGACUUUGUCUGGCCUGUUGAUUCUUCCUUCCAUGGUCGCCUCAUCAUUGAUGUUGAAUUUCUAGACCUCAAAAUCUGCCCUCUGAAUGGUGGGGAAGCAAGUUCCAUAUGGCCAGGUGAUGGAAUGAUGCCGUCUGUUUCAACUCAAGGCACACUUCGCUGUCUCUCUCGCAUGCUGGAUGAGGCCAUACAUGCUGACGUUACCAUUCAUACUGCUGAUGGCACCCUGAGUGCACACAAGGCAAUUCUUUCUGCAAGUUCGCCUGUUUUCAUGAGCAUUUUCGACCACGGCCUCAAGGAAAAGGAGUCCUCCACAAUCAACAUAGAAGAUAUGACACUGGAAUCUUGCAUGACGCUCUUGAGUUACUUGUAUGGAACCAUCAAGCAAGAGGAUUUUUGGAAGCAUCGUGUAUCACUGCUGGGGGCAGCGAACAAAUAUGACAUUGCAGCCCUCAAGGAUGCUUGCGAAGAAAGCCUCUUGGAAGACAUCAAUACCAUGAAUGUCCUUGAGAGGAUGCAAGAGGCUUGGCUUUACCAGUUGAACAAGCUGAAGAAAGGAUGCUUGGCCUACUUGUUUGACUUUGGAAAAAUAUAUGAUGUUAGAGAUGAAAUCAGUAAGUUUUUCAGGCAUGCCGACAAGGAAUUGAUGGUAGAAAUGUUUGAAGAGGUGCUUACAGUUUGGAAACCUGUAUAAUUAGUUAAUUUUGUGAGGUACUUGCUUUUGAAAGUCCUCACUGUUUAGAUAGUUGUGUGUAACUAUGAAGCCUUGCAAAAAUGUCACGCGUUCAGCUCUGAGAGCAUGUAAAACCCUGUUGCGUGCUUGUCUGGAGUGGACUGAUUACCUUAAAUCUUGUUGCUCACUCCAAAAGAUAAGAUUGAUGUACGGGUGUAUAGUGACUGAACAAGAAUACAUGAAUGCUAGUGGCCAGAUUGCUUGUUGCCACGGGCAAAGGGCUGUUA